UUCUACGCAAGUAGACGCGAGACAUUGAAGCGAUAAAUAAAAAUAAUAUAUCGUUAAUAAUUUUUCAAAAAAAUGUGUAUCAGAUAUUUUGCAAUAAAAAAAAAUACGUGACAGUGUUAUGAAUCCGCUUAAUAUAGCUGAAUGGUCUCCAGACCAAGUGUCGGAAUGGAUGUCGGGUCUGGGGCCGAUGGUCUCUCAGUAUUCUCCGGAGUUUAUCGAGAAAGGUGUCAAUGGGGCUAAACUGUUGACUCUGCGUUGUGACGACUUAGAGUACCUUGGAAUUCAAGUAAUUGGUCACCAGGAGCUUUUGUUGGAAGCUGUGGAGCAUUUGAGGAACUUUCACUAUGAGAUAUCUCGGGAAUGUGUCCAGCAACUAGCUCUCCGUGUGUCUGCUGCUGCGGCCUCUUUGGCUCGAGCAUUGCGCCAUCAUGCUGACACUCGUUUGGAGACACAUUCUCUUGCAGACGUUGCGAGGACAGUGCAUGCGGUUAAGCCUUUGGUAUGCUGGCUCGACAGGUGGCCUCUCUGCUCGGGGGCUCCUUUAGCGGAUCGGAAAGCUGCCUUAUUAAAGUUAUCAUUAGAGGCUGCCACAUGUGCGCAGAGGGACAGGUUUGCAGAACAACCGGCUCGUGCCGUUGCCGCUGCGGCCGCGGCCGCUGCUGCAGUCGCUGAUUAUAUCAUCCAGGACGUGUCGGACCCCUUGAUCCUGCAGCCCUCGUGGGUGGACACCGUGUCCCUGCGCCAGGCCGGCAGACCCCUGGGCUUCCACGUGCUGCCCUCCUUCUGUGGCCAUCAUCAGAUAGCUCACAUACGCUUCGGAUCCCCCGCCCACGCUUCGGGACACGUGCACGAGGGAGAUGAGAUCGUCCAGGUAGGCGACGUAUGCGUGUUGGGCUGGAGCGGGGAGGCCGUGGAGCGCGCAUGUGCGGCCGUCGCCGGUCGGGCCUCGGGAGAGCUGGUGCUGCGCCUGCGCCGGAGAGGGGCCCGAGCCCUCCCGACGCCCCCCCUCCACACGCGGGCCCCUCGGCCCCGGGCCCACCGGCUGAGGCUGCCCCCGCUGACGGACCAUCGAAUGCUGCACAGAUACGAGAUGGAUUUCCCGAUAGCGGCGCUUCCGCCGGCUCUGCCCCACCCCCCGGUGGAGGAGAAGGAGGAGCCUCCCGCUCACUCCCCCGCCUGCUCCCCCGAGUGCUCCUCGGACGAGAGCGAGCCCCUCUCCCCCCCCGCCUCGCCCACGCACCUGCACCUCGACAGGGCUCGCAUGUACCCCCCCAAGCCCCAAACCGUGGUCCAGCGACGGCACACGAUCAGCUGCGGAAGUCCCGUCUCCAAAAGACCGCAUCUCAGCAUCGAACAGUUCUGGCAGGAGCUGCAACAGCAGAGAUGGCACAGUGGCGAGGGACCGGAACCCGAAGACGCCGCUCUCUACAGGCGAGACAAGGCCGUAUCGUGCAGCACGGGUUUGCAGCUUUCCCCGCGGCCGAGAACUUGUCUCGGGGUGCCCAGGGCCUCGCGGGCCCCGAUCGCGCCCGUCUGCCCCGAGACCCCGCCGGCCCCCAGGGGGAAGCUCGACAAGAGCCACUCGACUCCGGCCUACGAGCUGGAACCCCCGGCCGCCCUCGCCCCCCUCGUCGACAACCCCAUCCCGGAAUCCCCGACGACCCCCACCGUGCGCAGGGCGGCCGAGCCCGACCCGCUUCCGAAAGUGGACGUCGACGAGGAGGACAGAUCUCUGGAAGACUCCGAGGACAAGUACGGGUCUUCCGAAGACACGAAGCAGACGGACGAUGGGUCGUCGGACGACACUCCGGUGCCGGUUCUGGAGAGCCUGAACACGGCGCUGAUCGAGGGACGGAAGGUCAAAGAGGAGCCUCGAGCCGCGGAGCGAGUGAUGAAGUACCCAAAACCGCGUAUAACGGAACGCUCGAAGGUGUCCGAUGUCCCUCCGGAGCCUCCCCCGCGCCCGUCCACCCGGUUGCCCCCUCCUCCGCGAGAAUACCUGCCUCCCCACCCGCUCCCCAGAGACCCCCCUAUGCCCGCCAGAGAGAGACGAGAGAUCCCUCCUCACGAGAGAGCCCCCCUCGCGCGCAACGAGUCCUCAGAGGAGAAAUUCAAUAAAGAAGAGUUCCGAAGGGAGAAGUCGAAUCGAGAGCCGAUCGGAUCCCUCAGCGACUUGAAAAUCCUGUCUCCCUGUCGGGAGAUCCAGCACGUGUUCGAGAGAGACGGCCGAUCCCCGAGCGACGAGACCUGGGAGCCGAUCUCCGCGGGCCAGGCGUCCUCCCCUCUGCGAGAGUGCACGGCGCCGCAGUACCCCGUGCUGAGGAUGAUCCCUCGACCCGCCGAACCGUCAGCUUCGCCGCUGAAACCGCUGCGGCCCGGGGACGCGGCACAGAUCUCGGUCCCCCUCCGUCACCUGACGAAGCACGACAUAAAGCUGGUGUCGAACGAGCGUCGGGAGAUGCCCCCCAUAAACGGGGAGCCCCAGCGUCGCGACGGGGACAUCGUGAUCGGGGCCGCGAGCGACCAGUCGCUGGACUCCCCCCACUCCCCCAAGGGGGCGGUCUCCCCCACCGGGAGCGUCGUGAGGGGGAUAUUCCCCUCCGCGAAGUCCAGGAGCCUCAAGAAGAAGAACUCCAUAUUGGCCAAACGUCGCGCGGUACCGGCCCGGGCGCUGUCCUCGGUGGGGGCGGCGGGGUGGGUGAGCCAGAGGGUGAGAGCCGCCCAGCAGCAGCCGCGCUGGGCGCAUCGCUAUCUGCUGCUCGCCCACAACUUGCUCUACGCCUAUCGGUCGCCGGAGAGCUCCCGCGCCGACUGCAUGAUCUACCUGGAGGGCUGCACGGUGAGCGCGGCGGUCGAGGUGAAGUCCCGCGCCCACGCCUUCAAGGUCUACCACACGGGCCGGGCCUUCUAUUUCGCGGCCGCCUCCCCCGACGCCCUGGCCGCUUGGACCCAGCUCAUCCACCGGGCCACCUUGGCCCCGCCCCGUCGCCUAGACUCGCAGAUCGAAAUCAAACAGUUCUCGGAGACGGAUUACUCCGAGACGGAAUCGGACACCGAGAGCCCCGAGAAGAGAGAGAGAGACAGAGACAAGGAGAAGGACAAGUCCAAGUUCGGAUCGCUGAAGAAGCUGACGCAGCGGGGCCGAGGUGACUCGCAUGAGAACGUGAACCAGGCGGCCGCCAGCACCAGCCUCGACCGCAAAUACCUGAGGUUCUUCUCGCGGACGAAGGGCAAAGAUGAAUCCAAGAGCAAGACCAAGCAGCGUCCGGCGCCGGCGCCCACGGAGCAGUACCGCAGCUACCGCCGGGCGCCGCCCCAGCCGCCCCCGCUCUCGCCCCGCUCGCCCCCGCGCGCCAAGCCGAGCCCCAUCAACUACAUCCACGCCUCGAACCCCAACCUGCUCGACUUCGAGCGCAGCGAGGCCUUCGCGCCCCGCCCGGCGCUCGCCGUCAGGCCUCGGCCGCAGGACAAGCUGGUGGGGCUGGUGACGCUGGAGGAGUUCAUGCUGCGCGCGCAGGCCGAGGAGCGGCGCCAGCUGUACUCCGAGCGGGUGCUGCUGGGCGUCGCUGAUCGCGACCUGCAGACCAGGCUGGACCGGGUGGUGCCCGACGUGGUCUACGGGCGGGUGCCGCAUCACGGCUACGAGAAGAUAGAGUUCCCGGACGAACGCUCCGACAACCGCCAGGACUCCUUCAGGAAGAAAGAGAAGGUCCAAGUGUCUGCUUCCAGCUCCCCGCAAGCGCAACCCGCGACCGAGAGUGGUGGGGGCGGAGGAGGAGGCGGAGGGGGCGGAGGGGGAGGAGGGGCCGGCGUGUCGCGUCUGAGGCUAAUGUUCGGGGGACGACAGGGCGCCGAGCGGGGUCGGGCCGCGGGCCAAUACCCUCACCUGCAGUGUCCGCCCACCUUCCAGCCCGAGACCUACUGCCUGGCGAGGCUGGCGCCCAAGCAGCCCUGACCGUGAGCGUCUUCGGAGCCGGGCGACCCUUUACGUCUCCUCGGGAACACUGCGACCACUCGAAGACGACUCGGAUGAAGUCGGGACAAUAAUCGUCGAUGUUUUUUAUACUGACGCCUGUUUAAAGCCUAUUUACCUGUAACCGCUCAAUAAGAUUCAGAGCGGGAAGAGAUUUACGUUUAAACGACUGAUGUAGCUUCAAAAAUAGUUCUGCUUAAUUUCUGAAGUUCAAUGCCACUAACUGGAAUCUAUCUUCCGCUUCGUUGUUCAGUCUCACUUAUGCGAUUACUUAUUAAAUUAAAAUAUUAAUGUUUACUCAAUCGAUUGACGCACAAUCGUCUAACUUAAACGUGACUGUAAAUAUUUAAACGAACCAAGGUUGUAAAAUUUUAUUAACAUUUAAAAUUGUGCCAAAUUGUUCGUCCGUCACAAAGUAUACUUAUUGUGAGCGCGGAAUAAGUGAUGGCGUCUGAAGGAUCGUCGGUAGCUUCCUAUUUAGUAAUUAUAUUAAAAUCACCAAUCGCUGAAUUUGCGCGUUGCCUCCAGAUAUGUCUCGAUGGAAACUUCUUCAGUGCCUCCGUUAUCCUUCCAGCCUCAGUCACUCCGGGAAUGUCUUAGUUAUAAGAAGUCCCUCGUAGUUGGCGACAGUUUAAAAGGAUGCCAUUUGUGGUGCUAUGUUACAUGAAGCCACUCUUCAAGAUGGCGACAAAUAAACACUACGUAUAUGUAAUAACUCAUAAACGACUCUCGGUUAACUAUUAUUUAACUUGAAGUUUGAGGCUCAGUCUUUAUAAAGGCCUAGUACUAAUGCGAGGGUAACUCACACGAGUCGACAAACAUACGUAUACGUGCGUAUACGCCGAACAAUGAUUGAUCGUGCCAUUAAAUGAUAAUUGUUAUUGAUAUUUAGGUAAAGGAUUAAAUUUAGGGCACGUAUUACUUAGGGUUUUGUAAAACUGGUAGAACUCGAGUUAUUUUAAACCGCUAUUUCGUAGAAAACUUCGAUGCUGUGAUAUUUAUUAAGUUUUUUUUAAUUUCGAUAAUAUGGAACUUAAUAUUUGGGCACUUUGACUUGAAAGCGUUUACUUCGCGAAGCAACAUGGCGUCCAAUAUGUCUUUAACAUUUAACUUUGAUACAUUUCAACCAAAAAACAUUAAUCGUUUCGCGUUUUCGUUAAAUAUCGAAUGCUUUACAAUGACGUGUUAUGCUUCAUAUAUUGUCUCGUAUCUCUCUUAAGUUUUAUUAUAUUUCCGGAAAAUAGACCGAUUUAGGAUUUAAACGGGUGUCACGAUUUUGGUGUUUCUUAGUUUUCUAAGGAUCUUUAGAGGCUCGUAGGUAUAAUUUUUCAACCAUAUUAAUUUUAAUUAUUCAACCUUUUUUAUUAUUGAAUUUACAAUGUAAUGCUAUAUAUUUAUAGAUUUUAUGUAAUAAUCGCAUGUAAGAAAAGUUUUUUAAAAUGUAAACGUUUACGGUAUCGUUAUAUUAGACGUAUACCUACGACAAACUAUGAACUUCUCGGACUAAACGAUUGGCAUAAGCGAAUUUUAGUACCGUGACCAAUUCAUAUUUAAAAUUAGGUUCCUUAAACUAAUGUAUUAAUGAAAUGCACGUCUUUUAAUGCUCAAUUUUGACAAUUAUUUGCCAAGUACAGAGGUUGUUAUAUAGUUGUUAGGUAUGGGUCACGCGAAUUUUAUCUUUCUUCAAGUUAAGUGCUUUAUACAAAUGUAUAAUAUGGUUUCCGACUCGGCUUUUAAAAUUGCAAAUAAAAUAUAAUAUUGUAUAAACAAACUUAUUAUGUCUGAAAUGGAACUAUUAAAAAUAAAUAUUCAGAAUAAUAUGCGUUAAAAUUAUAUUAGAAGUCACAAAAAUGAUUUUAUCAGCGGUUAAGUUUUUAUUAUGAUUAUUAUGAAUAUACGUAAAUUUUAUUAAAAUAAAGAUAUUUUGAACUCGCUUGGAUGCUUGGAUUUCGUACACGUCGAGGAUGUGUAUUUAACAUCACUAAUAGAAUGUAGCUCCAAUGAGAACUUUUAAAGUUUCCAAAACGGAAAUUAAUUAAACUUAUUACGGUUAAAACUACGUAACGAGAGAAAGGGGGAAAGAAUAGGGGGAAUAAUAUCAUCAGCGUGAAGCUCUCGGUAAUUGCCAGAGCAGUGGAAGUUUAAUCAGAGUAUACAUUUUGCACCUGUUAUAUCAUUAUCACGAAGUUAUCGACAAUCUUUUUUGAUAAACAGUUAUUAUUCAAAAAAUAAAGAGCAUUGACGUACGUGUGACGUUUUAAAUUUUUUAUUUGUCAUCAGUUUUAACAGAAUAAUAAGUUUUUGUGAAUCAAAUUAAUCUCUUAAUAAUUACCUGAUAGUAUUGCUCUGACGCAGUUAAAGCAUGAUUCAUGAAUUUAGUGAGAAUAUUCUUAUCGGCUUAAAUAAUUAUUUACAUUGUACAAUUUAUGUAUGAAUAUUAUUAGAUAUCUUUCGCGAUGGGUUGUUUAACAGUGUCUAUUGUCUAUUAAAUGAGCUGUUUAGGUACCCACUACUCAAUCUUCAUAGUUUGUAGAAUGCAGGUGCCUUUUUAAUAUGCAUUAAAUGACGCCGCGGGCUGAACAUAAAAGGCAACCAUGCGUUGCCGGCCUUUGCAUCUUGAGAAAUACAUCUUUCUUUCAAUCACCGAAAGGCCUCCACUGAUUUUUAGCACGCAAGGGGCCAAGCGAACUAAAAUUUCAUUUCAUUUAGAGAUGACGAGUUUUUAAUCCUAUUACUUAUUUAUACAUACAAUACAUUUUGUUAAAAUAAAUAUUUUAAUGUUAGGUAUAGCUCUUGAGUUAUCUAAAACCUUUUUAUAAUAAUUCAGUUUCGAAUAAGCUAAUUAGAAUAAUAUGUUUUGCUGGUGGCGAAGGCAUGUUAUAUACACAUAUCAAAACUCUAAUGCCGUGGCUUAACUUUGACGUCAGCCUAGCGAAUUUACGGUAAAAAUCAUUUAUUAUCAGAUCGUGCGCAGGUGUGGCCGACCUUUGGUUUAAUAUCGUUAAUAAUUAAUUAAUAAACAACGACGCGUACUGUAGUUAGUAUAUUGAAUGGUGUUGGCAGUGAUACUCAGCUUUAUACGUAGAUAGAGAAUUGUAUAACUUGUAUUUAUAAGUUUAUUAGUUGCUUACUUAUCAGCCUUUCAACGAAGAUUUAUUAACGGCUCCGUAUGUUCAGGUACUCUUGUACCGAACAAUAUUGAUUUCUAUCUCAAACUAAGUAUUUGUAAGAUUUUUAUAACUAUGAAUUUUAACUAAAAAAAAUAUAUUAAGGAUUUAAAUUGUUUCGUUUUAAUUUGUAUAUUACGUGUAAAAUUAUUUCUAACAGAAUUUCGACUAUACUGUGAUGCAGUAAGGAGGGUAGGUUAAGUUUUUCUUCUGUAAUCUUUUGUUAAUAUGAAUACCAUUGUACGUCAGUUCAAUUAUUUAAUGAAUUAAACAUUUUUAUUUCA